CACUACCGUACCCGUAGUACGGCGUAGGAAGUAAGUUGCGUCUGCUCUCAGUAAGUCAGUAGCUAUAUAUCCGUUGCUCGGGUAUAUAAACACAAUCCCGAUGAUAGCAGUUUCCUCUGCUGUGUUGGUGUGUGCAUAGUACUAGUAUAGUAUCACAUUACCUACCGCUCUCAGGCCUUUCAGCUUUUUGUGGUUUCAUUGUUAAAAUUUAUUAUCUGGUAUUAUUUUCAACUUAUUAACAUUUAUUUUAGUAUACAUUGGUGAUUCAAGUUUAGUUGCGUGAGACUAGCCAUAGGCAGAAAAUUGAAAAUAAAAUGUUGAUUGAAGAUCGUCUUAGCACUAUUCACAUUGAUGAAGAACCUGAAGAGGGUGAAACUGAAGCAUCAAAUGAAAAUCCUUUACCUAAGGGUUUACUUGUAACAAACCUCCCAGUUGAAGUAUUUGAUCAUGAUGAUAAACAGGCUGAGUUUGAAGGUGCCUUCCGAGCGUUGGAUCCUAAUGCAACAUUCAACUACUUCAAGAGCUUCACCCGUGCACGAGUGAAUUUCACUAACCAUGACCUGGCAGCAACUGCUCGUCAUUUGUUUGACCUCAACCUCUUUGGAUGUCAGGUUGUCCGAUGCUAUCUUACUCAGCCUAUAGUUGUUGGGAGUGGUGCUCCUCAUCUGAUGCCACCUAAGCGGGAGAAGCAAUUCCUGAUCAGCCCACCCGCUUCCCCACCUGUAGGCUGGCAACCUGUUGAGGAGGGUCAGCCCAUUAUUAACUAUGAUAUUCUUUCUGCGCUGGCUGACCUUGCACCAGGUGAAGCGCACGAACUGCACCCUCCGUCCCGCUCACAGCCCGGCAUCGUGGUGCAUGUGUGUGAAGAGGGCGCCGUCACGCACGACGAGCUCGGCCUGGUCAAGCGCUGCAUCGGCGUCCGGCUGCCGCAGACCGCGCGACCUUCUACUGCCUCAGCACCUGCUGAAUAACUCGUACCUUUUUUGGUAGAUUGGCCUCAAACUGGGAAACUUAACACUAUUCUUGUGGAUUUUAUUUUUUUCUCAGCAGCAGUAGUAGUAGUAUAGAUGGUGAAACAACUUCAGUUAAUCAUGGGUUCAUGGCGCAAUCCUGUUCUUCACCGUUUCUGAUCAUUUAGAGUAGGAAAUUAUCUUUAGAAUUGGUGAAUUCCUAUACAGGCCUAAAUGAACAGAUGCAUAAGCUGCCUCAUUGUUUGUAAACACAAGCACAACGAAGUUUGAAAAGCAACAGCUAUAUUUGUUUCAAAUAGAGUUUGGAGAUCACUUUGUGAGCGAUUUCCUCCAAAUGAGCUUGUAUCAUGGCUUGUAAAUGGUGAUUGGGAGGUCGCCACGGUAAUAAACAUGUAAGUAAUGCCCCAAAUAAGCUAUAUGGGAGGAGUGGUGAAAAACAAACACAGGUUCGUAAUUUGAAAUUGCGGACUCUUUUCUUUGCAAGUAGUGAUUAAUUUUCAAUGUUUUGAGCGUGGUUGUUUUGUAUUGAUGGCUGUCAGAGUAUCUAAGUCUGGUAUGCUGAUCUCAUACCUAAAUAAUUCGUAAGGCUGACAACACCCUAACGAUACGCAGAGUAGAGUAUCCUGGUAGAGUAGAGCAUAGUACUGGAUUGCUUCUAUUUUCCUGCUCACCUUUGAAUGAUCUUUAGAAAUUUGUAAAGCCUCUCUUCAAGGUCCGCUCCAAAGAAUACUGGAGAAAUUGCAUCAAGUUCAGUUAUUCUGAAUGAAAUCCCUAGACUGUCUCAAAUCUUGUUGGUUAAGCUGCCUCUUCCAUGUUUUGGAACACUUAAUUUAUUUUUGCAGGAUUAGUUAAUGAGGAAGAAACUACAAUUUUUUUGUUCUAAUAAUUUUGAGGACUGCUGGAAAGGUUAAAGAGAGUUUUGCAUGAAACACUUGUCAUUGAAAGUUUAUUAUUCAUGAUAUUCCUACUUAUAUAAUAACAUAAUAACAACAAGUAAAAGUAAUUGACAUCAUAAUACAUUGGUUGUCUAAUUUUAAGAACAACUUAGAUACAAUGGAUGAAUAAACCUGUUUUUGUUUUGAUGGGAUUUUUUCGCAUUCAUUGUAAUGAUUGAUGCUUUACUCAGUCUUGUCUUGGAUCCUUGAGUCUGGAAUACUUCACAUCUGAGCCUACUUGAUGUCUCCCGAUUCCCUAACAACUUUGUCACUAGUGUGUAUAACCUACAGCCCCUAAUCUUAAUUAUAACGUGCUACCCUUAACCUUGAAUAUAACUUACAACACCUAAUUUUAAAUAUGGAGUGAAAUCCCUAACAUUAGAUAUAAUGUGCAACCCAUAACUUUAAUUCAAUGGACUGGCUUGUGUAAUAUUCUGUGUAGAAAGUUAGCUUGUAAGAAUAUACUCGUAAUCUUCUUUGUCCUGCUGCUAAUUUUGCUGGUAUUCCAUACAAAGCUUACUCUGGUGUCGAAUCGUACUCAAAGGGUCAUAAAAAAUGUUUAAUGCUUGUUUCAAAAAUUUUUUUUUUUUUGAGAAGCUAUAUGGGAAGCUCAAUAUAUAAUUUGAGCUUCUCAAUUUUGAGAAGCUCAAUAUAUAAAAAAUAUAUUGAGAAGCUAAUGCUUGCUUGAGACAGAAUGAACGUGUUUCAAAUACACGUUCAUUUUUAACACAAAUCUUUUCUGAAGUGUGCUUCAUAAUUGUUGUCAUGAAUUUUCCACUUCGAUAUUUCAUAAAUAAAUAGUUUUUUAUUAUUAUUAGAAUGAUAUUUUGAUUGGUUUUUCCAAGAGGUCGUGGGAAAAUUAUUUUUACUUCCAUCUACCCGAUACUGUUUAAAGACACGAGGUAAUUGUAUUUUGCAGGCUUUACAAAAAUAAGAAUAAUUAUUUUCAAAUGUUGAUAUGAAAAUUCAUCACUCGUAUGCGCCUUGAGGAUCCUCCUGACUUCCUUUUUUAA